GUGGGAGAGGGCCCACUGACGUCGAUCUCCUAUCGUCUCGUCGUACUCGUCUGGUAGACGCAGUACGCCAACCACACUUGCCCGCUCGACCGUACGCUUCGCCGGCUUCCACCAUGCCUCACAUAAAGAACCUCCUCACUGAGGACACGCACGACAUGGCCGGCCGGAACGACGCCGGCGGCUUUGACUUCCACAACAUCGAGAACGCGGCCACCGUGCCGGAAGACAAUUCGCACCGCUGUCUGAUCCUCGCCUUCGAUGGGACGGGGAAUCAGUUCGACGAUGAUAACUCCAACGUCGUCAACUUCGUCUCCCUCCUCAAAAAGGACAAGCCCGAGAAGCAACUGGUCUACUAUCAGGCUGGAAUUGGGGCAUACAAUAUGAAGCAUGGCGCAAGCCCCGUACGCGCGAAGCUGUCACAAAUUGUCGAUGCAAUGAUUGCCAAGAACCUGGAUCGUCACGUCAUCGCUGGCUACGAAUUCCUGUCGGACAACUAUCAGGAGGGUGACAAGAUCUUUCUUUUCGGGUUCUCUCGCGGCGCUUACAUUGCCCGCUCGCUGGCUGGAAUGCUGCACAAGGUUGGCCUCCUCCCGCGCGGCAACCGCCAGCAAAUCCCCUUCGCCUUCACUAUGUACUCCCGUGAAGAUGAAGAAGGGUGGCGCCAGAGCACCGCCUUCAAGCGUUCUUUCAGCAUCGACGUCAGCGUCGAGAUGGUUGGAGUCUGGGACACGGUUGCCUCCGUCGGUAUUAUCCCCAAGCGGCUGCCGUUCACCCUCAGCAAUACGCACAUCCGCUACUUCCGCCACGCUCUCGCGCUCGACGAGCAUCGCGUGCGCUUUCAGCCCAGCUUCUACAUCCGGCCUCGAAAGAAGGAUGUCAAAGAGCACAAGCACGACCACAGCAACAGCGAGCAUACCCGCCAGGCCAGUGGUAGCAGCUCCCACGGCGAUACGAACAGGCGCUUGAGCAUGGCGAGUACGGAUACGCGCGUUGGAGGGUCGGUUUGGGGAAAGGGCGCGGACUUCGACCACGACCACGACGAGGACGCGGGGAAGAAGAACGGCAACGGGAAAGACAAGGAUAAAAACGGGAAGGACGGCGACAAGGACAAGGACGGGAAGCGCAAGGGCACGAAGAUGCGCCAGCUCGAGCGCAAGUACGGCGACGGCGGGAAGUACAUCACCGACGUGCAGGAGGUCUGGUUCUCCGGGUGUCACUGCGACGUCGGCGGCGGCGCCGUCCGCAACGACGAGCGCUACUCCCUCGCCCGCAUCCCCCUCCGCUGGAUGAUCCGCCAGUGCUUCAUGCUCAACACCGGCAUCCUCUUCUACCGCGACCUCCUCCCGCGCGUCGGCCUCGACCCCAGCACGCUCUAUCCCGAGAUCCAGCCGCGCCCGCCGCCCCUCAGCGCCGACGACGCGCGCUAUUCCGCGCACGCCCGCAAGGCGACGGACGCGACGGUGGUCGAGGGCGCGGACCCGUUCGUGAACGAGGAGGUCGAGGACCUGCGCGACGCGUGCACUCCGACGAACGACGAGCUGAAGCGCGUGAAGGCGUGGUGGCUGCUGGAGUGCAUCCCUGCGAAGGCGCGCUUCCAGAAUGAGAACGACGAGUGGGUGAAGAAGUAUAAGUUCCACCUGGGCAGCGGUCGCUGCGUUCCUCGCCGCAAGAACGAGGAGCCAAAGAUACACCGAACAGUCAAGACACGCAUGGAGGCCAAGAAUCUCACCGACGGUCCUUACAAGUGCAAAGCAACUUGGGCGCCUCAGAACCCCAAGUGGGUGGGAGGUUGCGAGCACGACUGAAGGUGUAGGGGAACAGAAAGAUGAUUUUUCUUGUACUUGUAAUGUAUUCUCUUGCAUCCCAACACCUGGUCGUCAAACAUCGCAUGUUGUUUUGC